AUGACGACGGCCGAGCAAGCUCCCGCGUCCAACGCUCCCGCGGCGGAGAAGGCCGCCGCCGUUGACGCUCCCGUGGCGGAGACGGCUGCCGCUGCGGCUGCGGCUGCCCCUACCGCGUCCAACGGCACUGACGACGCUGCUCCCGCUCCCGCUCCCGCUCCGGCAGCGGCCACGCCCAACGGCACCGACGCAGCUGCUGCUGCUCCCGCUGCCACGGCACCCAACGACGCCGAUGCCGCCGCUGGCUCAGGCAUUGCCGGCGCUGCCGUCACGACAAAGACCACCGUGACCGCCGAGACGCCCCUCUCCAAGCUCACGGCCCGCCUCCCCGCCGUGCUCGAGCAGGUUGGCCACUCCGAGAUGUGGGGCGUCGAGCUGUCCGCCUCGCCCGACCACGCGCCCUCGCAGGUCAUCCUCCAGAAGUUCCUACGCGCCAACAACGGCGACGCCGCCGCCGGCGAGAAGCAGCUCGUUGCGGCCCUUGAGUGGCGCAAGAAGGUCAACCCCGUCGCGCUCGUCUCCGAGGUCUUUGACGGCGCCAAGUUUGGGGGUCUGGGCUAUGUGACGGUUCACCCGGAUGCCGCCACGGGCAAGGAGACGGUCAUUACCUGGAACAUUUAUGGCUCCGUCAAGAACAACAAGGCCACGUUUGGCAACGUGCAAGAGUUCAUCAAGUGGCGUGCCGCCCUCAUGGAGCUCGGCGUGCAGAAGCUGCACCUCAACGACAUCAAGGAGCGCAUCCCCGAGGGCCCCGACGCCGUCGACCCCUACCAGAUGCUCCAGGUGCACGACUACCAGUCCGUCAGCUUCUUCCGCAUGGACCCGGACGUCAAGGCCGCCAGCAAGGAGACCAUUCAGACGUUUUCGACGGCGUACCCGGAGCUGCUGGCCCACAAGUUCUUCGUCAACGUGCCCGCCAUCAUGGGCUGGGUCUUUGGUGCCAUGAAGUUCUUCCUCGCGCCCGCCACGCUGCGCAAGUUCCACCCCAUGACGUCCGGCACCACCCUGGCGACGGAGCUCAAGGGCAUCGUCGGCACCCUGCCCAAGGAGUACGGCGGCCAGGGUCCGAGCGUCCAGGACGGCGAGACAGUCAAGCUUGAGACGGCUACGGAGAAGCAGGAUGGCGCCAAGGACGCUGCUCCCAAGGCCGAGACUGUGACCAAGACCGACGGAGAGGCGAAGGCUCCGGACGCUGGCAAGCCUGAUGGCGCUGCCGUGGCGGCCGAGCUGCCUGCCGCGGCGCCGGUAGAGGCCAAGACCGAUGCAGCUCCCACGGCCGCCCCGGAGACGGUGACGGAGGAUGUCAAGCCUGUGGAAACGGCCGAGACCGAGGAGACCAAGCCCGCCGAGCCCGUCACCGAGCCCAUCGCCGAGCCUGUCGCCGACCCGGUGGAGGUGUCGGCAGAGAAGGCCGCUGUCCCGCAGCAGGCCAACAAGGAGGUUGUCGCAUGA